UAUAUCGACGACAUUAUCAUCGCUAGCAAGAAUAUAGAGGAGCACCUCAAGCAUAUUAAGACGGUUCUCGAUAUCCUCGACAAGGCAUAUAUUCAUAUCUUAGUAGAAAAAUCCUUUAUAGCCUACCUAUUAGUAAGACUUCUUAGCUAUAUAGUCAAUGGCGAAGGAGUGGCUAAGACGGACAAUAGGAUCGCCGUAUUUAAGAAACUCAAGUUCCCCGACAUCCUUAAGACCUUAGAACAGUACCUU